CUCCAACUCCAUUGCAAUCCAGAGAUACAAGCCGAGAUAAGUCGCGAUGUCGCUCACUGAGUUCCAUUACUUCUUAGCACUUCCCCUGGAGCUCCGCCAAGAAAUCUACAGCUUAGCUACGCCCCCCCGCUUCGUCGAAGUCCGACGAUCUACUAAGCAAGAUUACGAUGAAUUCGCGGAGCAUAUACGCGCAACACCAAACGCCAUUCGACUAGACGAGUCUCUCACGCACUUCUCCUUCAAUUGGCGAUCUCAGAUCCCGUCUAGGACCAAGCAGCGAACACUUGAACGCUAUGGCUUUUCGAGCACCAAGUCCCCGUAUCAGCCUUGGAACGUCUCCAAGCUUGCACCUCAAAUCAGUCUUGACUGGCUAAGCGAGAAUCCUGCUUAUGCUUGGGAGCUUUGUAGAGAGGGCCACAUGUUUAGCAACGCUCCAAUUCCUGCACUCUUGCAUACAUGCCGUGAAUCUCGAGACCACUUGAUCAAGAGAGGCUAUCAGCUUGCCUUUCGCACACGGUCUCACGGUCCUCGGACAUGGUUCAAUUUUGAGACGGAUGUCCUAUUCAUCUCUCAGGGGGACGAUUGGGGUACUAAGCAUCGAAUGCUCAGUGGCUGUGCGUGGGAUAUCGGUCAAUUCCAUCCCAUCGACAUGGAAAAAGUCAAAAGAAUUGCCUUGGACAACUCUACAGGCUCCCUUUAUCUCUCACACCCCAGUUUUUCCGAGCGCAAUUAUAAGUUCUCCGAUCUUUCAUCUGUAUUACGACUCUUCGGGCAUCUCAAGGAGCUGCUUUUGGUGGAAUGGACAGACCUCUACAUGGACGAAAUCCGCCCGUGGAAUACCUCAAACGCCAAGGGGCAGAAACGACACAGCUACGACACACAAUAUCUUUGGAGCUACCAACCAGUGAGCGAAGUUGAUGCAUCUCUGCAAAUGUUUCCGCCGAAGGACUAUUCGAAUACCUUAGUAGUAACAUGCAUCGGACCAUACGGAGAACUUCUCAAGCAUCACAAAACGCUACAAAGAAAUGGGUACUUUGAUAUAGUUCAGAACUGUCUACAAGAUAAGCUUGUUAAAAGCCGAAACUCUGUGGUUUCAAGACACAAGCCGGAUGUGGACUUAUGGUGGGAGAUACCAAAAGUCACCGCCGUGCAUGUCAUGUCAAAUUGGGGACAUGAACAUCUUGGCCGGGCUCGGGAGGGGGCCUUGAGUCGGGCGUACGAGCUUCGACAGAAGUGGCUGGCGGAGGGGAAACGACGCUAUAACCCUCUGACGCAUGGACAAUUAUAUGACUUUGAGGCGGAUGAAGAGGCAUUUAACCUCGUUUUAGAGUCAGAGGAUCCAUUUGAGGCGCAACGGACAUGGUGGAUUCGGCAAGGGAUAAUCGCUUUCAUUGAUGAGUGAGAAAUUGAGAAGUGUUCGGUAAAAGAUGAUGCAUUCGCUAGGAUGACGUCUGUUCACAACCAAAGUCAAGCGAGGUCAGCAAAGAAUGGCAGAAUCAAGGCUAUUUACUCUUCGCAUGUCCUGAUGUACAAAGCUCUCUUACUUUCGUAAUCUUCCUGGCAUUUCACCCUAAUUCAGUGAUGCGGUGAGGUGAAGGAGUGACGGCUAGCAGAGUAUCCAGUGGACUUUUUGUAAGCAGUGUAGUAGAUUAUCUGCAGUGACAAGGAUACCUUUUUCCUAUCUAGGUUUAGUCAGGUAUGCA